AUGUAUGAGAUGUUAUUGUUAUGCAGUUUGAUAGCGAUCAAUGUCUGGCGCGGAACAAAGGUAAACGAUUCGUCCUAUCUUUGCAAGAUCGAGCUGGAGGUUGCCAAUCCAGAAUGUACAGAAAACAUUGAAAGAAGAAAACCUCAAAGCGAGAAAGAGAGAAACGCAUCACCUAGAUCAGUAACAAGCGAAGGUCAAAACCCCUGUGCUGGAUUAGGAUCAAGGUCUCAGAAACGAAAGUUUCGGUCUGAUGGGCAUCCUACCAUGUAUUUGGACUCGAAGACGACAUUGGAUUUGAUCCAAAUUCAAAGGGUACUAUAUCGCCCGUAG